UGGCGCUGUUUCGGAACCAUUCUGACAACAAACUCAUGUUAUAGUGAGUCACAAGAUCGAGUUUGCUACAAAUAAUCAAAACAAAAUGGACAAACUGAAGAAAGCGUUGAGUGGAGACGAUGAAGACGAAGAGAAAGGGAUCGUCACACAGAUAUCUGAUGCCUCCACCUUAAGUUGGUCAACCCGAAUAAAAGGCUUCAUAGUGUGUUUUGUCCUCGGUGUUGUGUUAUCAACGUUGGGAACCUGUUUAUUAUUUGCAAAAAAUGGUCUCGUCAUGUUUGCUGUUUUGUACACUGUUGGCAACGUUCUGUCAUUAUCAAGUGAUGAUGUCAACAGGGUGGCAGCACUCAACAACAUAUAA